GCGUCCUCGCGCGCGCGCCGCGAGUCUGCCGCCGGGACCGAUCCGCGCUGAUCGAGGUCGGAGCCGAUUUCGCGAGUGCGUCUUUUGUGCGCGGCGAUCACCUUCGCGGGGUGAAGGACGUGAGAACCAGUGAAACCUGUGAGUCUCGUGGAUACGCGUCUGGAGCAAGAGGAUUUUACAAUCGGUCGCGUAAAUCGGAUUUUACGAGUCUUAUCGCGUCAAUUAAUAACUUAAUUCCGCUAUCAAUUUUAUGCAUGUUGAUUGUUUUAUCUGAAAAUCGAGAGAUUGCGUGAUGCUUUUGUUCGUGGACAGAUCGAAAUGAUCGAGACAGUCUUGUGCGGAGUGUUCUUAUGCAAAUAAUGAACAAGUAGAACGAAUAUGGAUUUAUCGAAAAUUUAUUAGCUAAAUCGAUUCUGCAUAUUAAGUGAUCACUCUUUUAGGUUAUUGUGGGAGAAAAAUGAACAAAAGUGGACUCCAAGUCCAUCGACAGAAUUGAAGUGAAGUGGGAAAGUGCAAAUCUGCGAUUUGUAUCGCGCAAAAUUGUUUCUUGAUAUCACUGAGCAAAACUUCGACAUAUGAAUCGUAGUUGUAACUUAUGUUUGAAUAUCAUUUCUUUCCGAGUCAAUGGCACGCGUAAAGAUCGGCGCAAAUCAAACCACGAAUUUAAUUUAGACGAGACAAAAAAUGUCGCACUUUUAACGAUUCAUAAAAUAAUUAUAAAAUAAAAGAAUAUCGCAGUGUUUAUUGAGAUCGCAAUCGCGGAUCGACUCGCUGUGCGAUCAGGUGAUAAACCGGAAAGAAACGGUCCGAAGACGGAAUCGGGAGGAAGUGAGGUAUCUAGAUUUGUAGAACGACUGCGUUGUGCUGAUGUGUGCCACGGAUAUACGUUGUGCCAGUGCGCGCGGUUGAGUAAAAUCGACUCGGCGAUUCGACUGGAUCUCUCCUUCGUGGACGGGUGAUUGAAAUCGCUGAUUUUCCCGAGUGACUGACGCGAAUAACUGUCGCUAUAAGCGCGCGUGCAAGUACGGCGAGUGCAGGCGUACUGACGAAAAUUCCAGUGUCAAGUUUUUCGUCUGACAAGUGACACAUCUCACUGACGGAUUUCGAAUGAUGGAUCUGCGCGUUGUCACUCAGCAUGUGUACUUUCUCAGAUGUAAUCACGAGGAGGGCAUCGGCGAAAGUAUUUUCGAUUGUCUGCAUAAGGUGAGGGAAGGAUGAAGAAUGCCUCGUGCUGGCGGUGGAGACGGGGGUAGCGGGCCCCAGAAGACGGGAGGAGGUGGCUUCGGAGGAUGGCUGGGAGGCGCUGCGAGGGCCAUGACGGGUGCAAACGUCUCUGGCGGAUACGUCGUUCUGGGUGGCACCAGAUACGGUCUGCGGAUUUCCCAGGAGAGCCUGCCGCCGGCCAAUUCCAAGGAGGAAUCGCAGGAGAGCCGGCGGAAGCGAAACUCGCGCGAGAGCGACUCGCGGGAGCGGCUGACCGAGAAACCGGCGGCGGAGAAGCCGCCGAUCGAUCUGGCGGCCGGCAUCGCCGAUUGCUGCUGUAUCGGUCCGCGAUCGCGACUUCCGCUCCCGCGAAUUCCACCGAUGGUCUCCUCGACGACGCCUUCCAUGGCGACGGCCGCAACGUCUUCGUCGUCGUGCCCUUCGGUCGUCGUCGGUGGUCAUCCGUCCAGAAGCAUCGGCGUCACCACCGGCGACUACUCGCCGCCUCUUCCUGUUUCUGCGACGGGCGUCGCGGAGACGACGCUCGCUAAUAAUAGUCGCAGUGCGGUGCAAACGUCGGUGGGGAACUUCGGCAGCACCAGCCAGCAGCAGCAGCAGCAGCAUCAAGCACACUACCACCACCACUACCAACAGCUUUAUCCACAAACAGCGGCAGCGGCGGUAACGUCAUCGUACUCACCGUCGACGCCGUCCUUAUCCUCGACGUCGCUUGGCUACUCGUCUGGCGUCCCGACGACGACGCAGACCGUCUCCGUGCCGCGGCAGCUCGCGCAGUGGACGAAGCAUCAGACGCUCAAGUUGCAGGAACCAGCAGUGAUAGCAGUGGACCGACUGCACAGGUUUCGGUGGAGCGGGGGCGGAGGAGGAAGUGGCAAAAAGUCCUCUUCCGGCCCCCGCAGCGAGAAGGCCGAGCGCCUUCGCGAGCUCACCGAGAAACUCAAGGGACCAGCACCGGUUCCGCCACCCAGAAGACCGUCGCGAGUACAGGCUUCCUCCCCUCCGCCGAGCGGAUAUCAGCCGUCGUCUCAAAAUUAUCCACAGACCGGUUCGAAUUCAGGCUGCGGCCGUUGCGAUGGUCGUCCAUCUCAUCGCAGCUACACGUACAGCGAGGGGAGCUCGCAUGGCGGCAACAAUCAGCAAGCUCAGCAACAGCAGCAAGAGCAUCCGAAGACGAUUGUCCGCAGUGAGAGUGUCAGUGAAGAGUGCCUCAGUGAUCGUUCGGGGAAUAACGCGUACCGGAAGCCCUGCCACGACUCGAGGAAGCCCUCGAGACCAGGCAGGCCUGAGCGAAACAGUGGUGACGUCAGUGACCUUAGGAGCGAGCCGAACGCCAACGCAGAGGCGGCGAAGCACUUGAGACAGUACAGUGAUUCCGUGGUGGACAGUGCUACGAGUGUGGAUGAUCUGUGUGAUAACCUGAACGCCGCUUCCGUCGGCGGCAGCGAGGGGGAGGCACGGGAUGCCAUCACCAGGCUGGAGCCGCGUGGGCUGCUCGCCUUUCACAGGGCGGGCGCGCCCUAUAGGAGUGCCUCCUUUGGCCAGGUGGACUUUAAUCAAGAUGCAGAUUUUACUUUCAGCGCGAAUUCGCACUUUCCUCUUCCAGCGAACCGACAGAAGACUCAGCCGAUCACGACGUCUAAUCGCUCCGAGACCAAAGACGUUCGAGCGAGCACAUUGCCUCGUCGUCGUGGUGAUGUCACUCCAGGUGGCUCGACGCCUCAAAACAGUCCCAACCGACAGAGUCCAAGAACAUCGACGCCGAGCGUCGACAGCGCCGUCGGCUCUGCCGAGGGUCUGGGCGUCCCUCAACAAGGAAAUCACGAAGAGAUUCGACCCAGAAGCGAUGGCUCAGACAGUCUCGUAACUUCCAGCGCACUCACGAGCCCGGAACCUCUGGUUCCGGAGGCGAACGAGCCCAGAGUUGAUUUAGCGCAAACGGACGCAUCUACUGUCGAGGCGGUCAGCCACGAAUCGGUCUACCCGAUGGUCGAAGGAAACACUGUAGAGGAAACCGUUCAAAAAGAGACCAGGAUAGAGCCGCACGAGGUGAUUAUCACGCCACCCCCGGAGGAGCCGCGUCUAAGUCAGGCGAGUGAAGGUAGCGAGGCGCCGAGCGAGACGCCCUCGGAGGCGUCCUCGCCGUCCGGCAAAGCGAGACGAUAUCGGGGCGAUACCAGCAAGAGGAGGAAGGGCGUGUACAUAACUCAAUGGCCGGAGCCCUUGGACGCGGACAGAAACAAGCUGUCGGCUCAGAGCAGCGAGGAGAGAGACGAGCCACCUGCGACGCCCAGCGACCUGUCCGACUGCGAGGGCCACACGCCUCGAAGAUAUAGCAAAAGGCCGCUCCGCGGGCCUUAUGGGCAGAUGCUGGAGGCCGAGAUGGCAAAGCCGCGCACCGCCGACAUCGCGCUCGAGGAGGGCCUUCGUCCUCGCAGAAAGAUCUCUGCGAAUCUCUCGUACAACGCGAGCAGCAACAACAGCGGCUCCGAGCCGCCCACGCCUUGCCACCAUCGGACGACCUCCAGCCCGACGAAACUCGAGGGACUUCCGGGGCCGAGUCCUGAGCUGCUUGCGGAGCUGCUGAGAGGAUCCUCGGAGAGGGUGGCUCGCGCACCGGCGCAUCGAAACGACACGAGGACUCACGUGGUGGUGGAGCUUUACGAUACGGAACGCUCCUACGUAGAGGCGCUACAGAUACUAGUCAAUAAAUACUUGCAGCCUUUAAAGAGCCCAGAGAAUGCGGGUUUAGUGGAUGCCGCUACGGUCGACGAAAUAUUUUAUCAGAUACCAGCACUUCUCAGCCAUCACGAGGUAUUCUUGGAGGAGUUGCGUAGGCGACUGGACACCUGGGAACUCAAGCAGACGAUCGGCGACGUCUUCCUCGAUGUGUUCACCAAGCCGGUGGUACUGGAGACGUACACCCUGUUCUUGGACAAUUGGAAGUCCGCGAGGAAGGCGAUAAAAACGACAUGCCAAGCAAAGCCGGCCUUUGCACGAUUUCUCGAGACAAUGGAGCGCGAGCACAAAGGCAAACUGGGGCUGGACCAAUUGCUGAUCAAGCCCGUGCAGAAGAUCCCGCGAUACGAAUUGCUGAUCCAGAGAUUGCUGAAGCACACGGAUCCGACGCAUCCCGACCACGAGCUGCUGCAGGCCGCGCAGAAAGAGGUGCACGAGCUGGUCGUGAAGAUCAACUGUACGGAAAGGGAGUCGCUCGAGUGGGAGCAGCAGCAGACCACAUUAAGGGAGGUCCAGGCCCUCGUCGAGGGCCUCGCCGGCAUCGUGACGAACGACAGAGCUUUCGUCCGGCACGAUCUGGUCACCAUAGCAUCGAAUCAGGGCACGCGGAAGGAACGAGCUUUAUUUUUGUUCUCCGAUCUGCUCGUCAUCACUAGCAUCAAGCGCAGAAGCGGCACGAUAAGGAAACCAUCAACGAGCACAUGUCCGAACAGUCUGGUCGGUCUACUUGACGCAAACAAGUACAAAAUGCUGAUGCGAAUUCCAUUGGAUGAUCUCGAAGUGAUGAAAGCCAAAGACGAGAAUUUAAGGCGAAUGGCGCGCGAAGUGGACUACCUCCGAGAAGACUGCUCGAAACUGACUCAGCUUCAGGAGCUCACUGUGACCUUGCACGGCGCCAAGCAGCAGUUAGAAGACCUUAUCAAGGAUAUGCUGAAUCAGACUCAACGGCAACUGGCGGAAAGAAACGCGGCGCACUCGCAGUUGGCUUGCUUGGAACUUACGCUCAAUACGCAAGCCGGGAUCGAGAAUAUAUCCGUCAUGUUCGCGAAGCCCGACAAGCGUGCAAGCUGGGAGGAGAGUUUCAACGAAGCCAAACAGAAGCUUGCGCUAUCAGCCGACAGGAGACCGUGUCCUGAAUUCGUGGGACCUCUGCCGAUCAGGAAGACGCGAGCGGGUCUUCAGUUCACCUGCGCGGCGCCGACGCUGGCGAAUGGACAGGGAUCAAGGGACGUCUGGGUCUGCAACAGCGACGGCUACGUCGGCCAGGUGUGCGUGCUGAGCCUGAGCCCGGAACCGCCGCAGGUCACAUCGUGUAACGGAGUCUGCAACGCCAGGAUACUCUGCGUCGCUGGAAUACCUGCGUGCACGCCCGGUUCAAACUCGUGUCCGUCGAACAACAGUCCAUUCGUUAACAGCAAGAGCGGUAUAAGCAUAUCGGUGCAAGACGUGGAUGCCGGUGGCGGUAACAUACAGUUAGACAGUAGCUCGAGCUCCGACGAUUCGGACUCGGACGACAUUCCAUGCGCAGACACGGGCAGCGUGACACUGAGCGGUGAUGUAUCGAAUAUCGACAAUACUACUGCGGAGGAGGAUGCGAAUCAGCCCACGAUGUGGCUGGGGACUGAAGACGGUUGCAUUCACGUGUACAACUGCAACGACAAUAUCCGGAUUAAGAAGAACAAGGUGAAAAUUCAGCACGGCAGCAGUGUGCACUGCAUCAUAUACUUGGACAACAAAGUGUUUGUCUCUCUUGCCAACGGAGACAUCACCGUUUAUGCUCGGGACCACACCGGCGGAUGGAACACUCCGGAUCCAACGACGGUAUCCGUUGGAACGGUAGCGUCGCCGGUAACUAAAAUGCUGUCUGUCUCCGGGAAGCUCUGGUGCGGCUGCCACAAUAGCGUGAAAGUUCUCAAUACUCACACGUUGGAUAUUGAGCACACGUUCACCGUGAGCAGUGAUACGAGCCGUGCUGUUUCCUGCAUGGCAAACUCCGGCGGUUUAGGCGUCUGGAUUUCCUUACACAAUAGCGCCGUGCUGAGGCUUUUCCAUUCCGGUACUUACGAGUGUCUGACGGAUAUCAACAUCGCGCCAGCUGUCACCAAAAUGCUUGCCAGUUGCGAUGACAUAAUCCGACAGCAUAAAGCAGCGUGUCUUAGAGUCACCGCACUGUUGGCUUGCAACGAGUUACUUUGGAUCGGCACGAGCGCCGGCGUGCUGCUCACCGUGCCAAUUCCCCAUAUAAAGCCAUCCACUCAGAGGAUGUCGCAGCCGCCGAUCGUGACUGGAAUUCCUCACGGACACACGGGACACGUGCGCUUUCUCACUUGUGUAGAAACGCCAAAUCCCUCGAAACCGGAUCCUCGUCCGAAAGUAAAUCGUUAUUCACUAAAAUCAAGCAAAACGCAGCAGAACAAUAUUAAUCGUGGGAAACUCCUGGUGAUAUCCGGUGGGGAUGGUUACGAAGACUUCCGCGGUCCUCAAGCAUCCGCCGAGCUGCAGGCUGGUCGCGAAGAUUCCACGAACCACCUGCUGCUGUGGAAAGUGUGAUAUCAUCUAAUACGACCCCAGGCAAGGGUCGCGGUAAACGAAAGUCGGCAUGACACGCCGUGGGAAUCGUUGUACGCGCAGCACGCGGGCGGACGCCACCGCCGUCGUCUGAUCGUGGCCGAUCAGGAUGCGCCGACGCACGGGAUUUUCAGGGAACGCGGAAGAGUUCUCUGGCUGAUACUAGCCGAAUGGAUCAAGAGUAAAAUGCGAGAAAUACACUAUUCCCAGGAUGUAAAAAAGCAUCGGCUGCAGCUCGCGCGAGAAUCCGACCGAUCGAGAACGGUCACGGACCUAUCAAUGUGCGAUCUGUGAAUGGAUUAGCUGUUGUCCGGUCAUCAACAAUCGCGCGAAUCUGGUGCAAAAUUAUUUACCAACGACAAGUGCUCGAUAUUGAAUUUUUCUUUCUUUACAUACGCUUGAAAAUUAUUUGAA